AUGGACGCCGAGUUCUACCGCAAGCUUCACGGCGAGGACGCAUUUACUCGUGACUCGUUUGCCUCGAAGGGUGCAGAGAUGGAUAAGGAAGCGGGGUACAAGUCUGUGAGUACUCCAACCACGUCAUCUUCAUAG